UUCACAUAUAUUGAAAAACGGUUGACGUUUGGGUUAUUGUACAAAUACCUAUACUUGCAAGUUGCACAUUGCAUGCUGAACGAUAUACACAGCAUACACGCUUUACUAUAAUUUUAUCUGUGAGUACAAGAUAUAAAAUGCAGAAUUGUAGAUACAUUAGAUAAAGAUUUCACGCUGCUUUGCGCGUACUAAAAACGUCAGUCGAGUUUGUUUUCAUGUGAUCAUCGUUGCUUUUGGUACCUUGGCAAAUUCGAGAAUGUGUGAAUAACAUAGACUGCAAGUAUAUACAUAAUACAUAUCUCGUAAUGUGGAUUAUGUUUUCUUUAGCAGCGGUCAAUGCUUUGAAUCAAUUACAUAAAUGAAUUCAAACCUAAAAUCUAAUUGUUGAUACUCGCUACAGAUCCACAAAGAUUUCGUUGUGCUAUUGGUGAACGACUUCUUCGAAUGUUACAUACGACCUUGGGCAGCGACAUUUUUAACUUUCCUAAAUAUUUGCAUUAAUUAAGUGCGUGAGUGUCCGCAAUCCCAGUAGUGUUAGUGAUUAAUAUAUUUAUCAAUCUGACAACUGUAUUACUCAUGUUUUUUGCAAGUUCUGUUAUUAGCUACUUUUGUGGCCUCUAUUUUUAAAGUAUAUAAAAGCUGGCAGCAACUCCUACAAUAUGUAUGCUUUUGAGGCAUUUGUUUUUACUAAACACCAAGUCCAGGGCUGCAGUAGACCUAAAGCUCGUAGUGGGCACAGAAUUGUUUGCGAUGAAAAGAAUCUCUAUUCAUUUGGGGGAUUCAAUCCAAAUAUUUCAGCUGAUGAUCCUGAUAUGCAAGAUAAUCCAAGUUGGUCGUAUAGUAGACCAUUGUUCAAAGAAAUAUGGAAAUUUAAUUUUGCUACCAAACGAUGGAAACUGUUACCCUGUGAAAGAACUAUGCCUAAUGAGCUAGCAUCAAAUGCUGUUAUCCUCACAGGUGAUAGUUUGCUAGCUCAUGGUGGCACUGGUGUACCUUUUGGUGAACAUUGUAAUAAUAACAUUUAUGUGUGCAACAUAAAUACUGGAGUUAUGCACAGUAUACCAGCAACUGGGCAGCAACCUGAUCCACAAUAUGGCCAAGCUAUUGUAUUCCAUGGACAAUAUUUAUAUACUAUUGGUGGAACUACUGGUUUAGACUAUACAUGUGAUGUACAUAGAUUUGAUUUCAAAUUACGUGUUUGGGAAUCUGUUUAUAUUUGUGGUGGGCGAGAUCCUCUAGAGCCAAAAGGUAGAUAUAGGCAUGAAGUUGCAUUUGAUGGAAAAAUGAUUUAUGUGUUAGGAGGAGGUACAGCAAUUGAAGCUUUUGGAUUUUCAGAAAUUCCUGCUUUUGAUAUUUUAACAAAAAAAUGGAUGAAAUUACAUGCACAUGGGGACAUGGGACAACUCUUUCCAGCACCAAGACGAUGUCACGGUCUGGUUCAGUUUGUUGAUGAUAAAACUAAUUCAAAUAUUGUAGUCAUAUCUGGAGGUUAUAAUGGUACUCAAGUUUUUUGUGAUCUGUGGCGCUUAGACUUGAGUAAUUUACAAUGGACUUGUUUGAAAAUGUGCAAGUUACCCCAACCCACUUACUUUCAUUCUACAACACUUACACCUGCAGGACAAAUGUUUACAUUUGGUGGAAUUGUAAAAAAAGGCAAUGAGGUUGCAAGAACAGAUGAAAUUUUUUCUGUAUGGUUAACAGUACCAAAAAUUACUGAAAUGUGUUGGGAAGCAUUAAAUUUCUACUACCCUCAUUUAAAGAAAGUACCGUCUCUUGAUCUUUUAAAAAUUGGAAUACCUUCAAAAUUUGUUCAAAGACUAGAGUGUGCUAAUAGAGAUAUUUCUUCAAGUGAACAUUUCCUGUAGUCUUAUUUAAUAUAUUUUAGAAUAAUAUUUACUAAUUUUAGUUGAACAAGAAAAUAUGAUUAUCGUAAGCAAAAUUAAAUUUUUGCCCAUUUUCAUAUCAGCCUUAAUUGAAUGUGAUCAUCGUUACAUCAUUAAUAGAAAAAUUGUAAAUAAUCUUGAGUUGAGUGACAAACCAGAAAAUGUAUAUUGAACUGAAAAAUAUGUUAGUAAAGUUUAGGCAGUUAAUUGAAAUUAUAACAUGAGCUCAAAUGAAAUCUCAUAUUCAUAUUUAGAGCUUUCAUGACCUUCAUAUUACAUAAUAUAUUAAUAUGUUGAGAAAAUGUGAUUGCUAUAAAUGCAUCGAUUCUGGCUUUUUUAUUUUGACAAAUUAAGAUUUCUUUGAUAUAACUUUUUUUUGACUUGGAUUAUAUAUACUUAUAGUAAAACGAUCUAGGUGUGGAUAAUUCAUCCUUUUAUUCAAAUCAUGUAAAUAUAGUAGUAAAACUAUUUUCAUACUUAAAUAGACGGUCAGUAAAGUCUUGUACUGAUAUUCAAAGAGUUUAUCUUCCAAUUUUAUUUAUGUAAAAGUAAAAAUUUUUCUGUUAAAACAAUUAAAUUAAGUCAUGAU